CAUUGACCUCCAAGAUGGCGGAGACAGAGCAGGCCAUUCCUGAUCAGGGAUUCAUUGAUCAUGCUACUCAGAUCUACAAAGAGUUGUCCUCCAUCCCCACCAUCACUGGUGGAAGCCUUUACACCAAGAAGAAUGGGAAAGAUAAUGAAGCCUUUGAAUUUGUGGUAACAUCAAAGUGGAGCCAGAGAGAUUUAGAGAAGAAGGAGAAAAGAGUAUUUCAAAGAAAUCACAUAGCUACUUUUUCUGGAGAUUCAAGAAAAUUGAUUUCUGUUCAAGAACCAUCUUUUCCUGUUGAAUUACAAAAUGUGCAAUUGUCAAGUACUUCACCCUCAGGAAAAUACCAGGCUAUUAUUAGAAAGAUUCCUGCUACUAAGAAGGAUGAUGAAAAACAGUUCAUUGAGAUCUGGUCAUGUAACAAUAUUAUCAAGUCCAUUGAUAUAAAGGCUGCUGAUAAGCAUGGGGAUAUCAAUGAAGACUCUCAAUUUGGAAGCCUACAGUGGUCUCCAUCAGAAAAAUAUCUUCUUUAUGUGGCAGAGAAGAAGAAACCCAAAAAAGUGUCCUAUUUUGACUCCAGCAAAUCAGAAGAAAGCAGUGAAAAAUCAAAACCAGAAACGGGCUUCCAGUUCGACUAUGAGAGUGACUGGGGAGAACUACUCGUCAAGAAGAGUCACCCUAUCCUUACCGUUCUUGACAUUCACAAAGGUGACAUCAGCGUCAUUGAUGGCAUUCCUGAUGACUUAUCUGUUGGCCAGGCCAUUUGGAAUCCAGGAGAAACAGGAGUGGUGUUUUCGGGGUGGAAGCAUGAACCUUACAGACUAGGAUUGAUCUACUGCACAAACAGAAGGAGCGGGAUUUUUCACAUCUCCUUGGAUGGAACCAAUUUUGAGCAAUUAAGCCUCCCAGACAAUGCUGUUUUAAGUCCAAGGUUUAAUCCACAAAUGGAUAAAUUGAUUUAUCUAGCAAGAAAUACCAAAGGCGUACACGCCUGUUGUUUGAAGUUAAUGGAGUUUGACUGGAAAGCAAGGACAACUGUAACAAUAGUUGAUAUAGUGGAUUACCCUAGAGAUGAUGGUUUUGCGGGUAUUUAUUGUUCUGGAUUACCAGAAAGAUGCUGGAGUUUUGAUGGAAAAAGAAUUAUUCUAGGGAGUUUUUGGGCCAGUUCUUUGAAAAUUCUAGCUAUUGACGUGGAAUCAAAAUCUGUCAUGAAUCUUACUAAAGAGGACGGCUGUUGGAACGUCCUUGAUGUGCAGAAAGAUCUCAUUUUAGCAUCGUUUUCUUCUCCAUCAUGUCCAAAUCGUUUGUUGAUAAGGCCAUUAACCUCAUCAGGUGAUGGUGCUGAUUUGGAUUGGACAGUUAUUGCAAACAUGGAAGACCAUCAAGACAUUAAAUGGGAAAAUAUUACUCUAUCACCUGAUGGAGACAAAACCAAAAGUUACGAAGCUGUACUCAUUCAACCAACAAACCUAGAGAAGGACGUUCAACUAGUCGUACAUCCACAUGGUGGACCUCAUUCUAAUUAUCCUUCAAACUACAUGAUUGAAUUUGCUGGACUUUGCAAACUUGGAUUCGCUGUCCUCUCAGUCAACUAUAGGGGGUCUUUAGGGUUUGGUCAGAAGGUCCUCGAGUCUCUUUUGGGUAACGUUGGAACACAAGACGUUGGAGAAGUAAAGUAUGCAUUGGACAAGGUUCUAGAGACAAGAAAGUUUGACAAGAAAAAUGUGUUCGUCAUGGGGGGAUCCCAUGGGGGAUUUAUAGCUUGUCAUUUCAUUGGCCAGUACCCGGAUUUUUUCAGUGCUGUCGCAAUUCGCAAUCCAGUUAUUAACAUAGUUUCCUUGAUUGGAACUUCUGAUAUCCCAGAUUGGGGGUUUGAAGAGGCUGCUUGUGAUUUUGAUGACGAUCUUCUAGCAGAUGCAGAAACUUAUGCUAAAUUACUGUCUCACAGUCCUAUUAGUCAUGUAAAAAAGAUUGUCACCCCAACAAUGUUGAUGCUCGGUGAGGUUGAUCUGCGAGUCCCACCCUCCCAAGGGAAAGAAUUGUACCGUACACUCAAGGCUAGAGGAGUAGAUGUCAGGCUUCUGAUUUAUCCAGAUAACAGUCAUCCACUCAACAAAGUAGAAGCAGAAAGUGAUGCAUUCGUAAAUAUAUCACGCUGGUUCAACAAACAUCGAAACUGAACCAGCCAAAUAUGGAAGUAAUUAUCAAUGUGAUCACGUGACUGGUGAUGGAGCCUCGUUUUCAAGUACUACUGCGAUGGAUUAAUUAGUGAAUUGGACCAUAACUUCUCCCAACCCUAGUCCUAUUUCAAAACUUUCUCAGUUUUUCUCUACUAAGAUUUUCUCUAUCCAAAAAAUGGUAGGCAAAGCAGAAAACAGGAAUCAAAUAGAAUGGUAUUUUUAUUUCAUCCUUUUCCCACUCCUUUUUUUCACUCCCAAAUUAGCUUCACUUGGCGACCCCAUAAUGAUGUCCCAAUCUGUGUGUAAUAAGGGUAAUUGGAUCCUAUGUUUUAGGCAAAAUGAUCUCAAUAUUCAAAAGAGCUGAAAUUUUAUCACCAUGAAUAAGAGCCUUAGUAACUUUGAGCUAAAUUCAUUUGAUACUGAUGUGAUGAUGAUCACAUGGACUUAGUACACGGCAAAAGGCAUAUCCUGAUGUCUUUUGAUUCCUUACAUUUAGCAAAUAAAACAUCCAAUUCCCCAAAAAAUAACAUUGAGCCUACUGGAGUGCAAAUAAUAUACCUGUAAAAUAGUUAAGAUGAAAUAGGAGAUAGUUAGCGCUAUUAGACAAAACAUAGGAAUUCAGUGAGGCAUGACAAGCUAGGGCACGGGCGUUUACUAGAGUAACAACUCAGUACGCAAAUGAAUAGAUACGAAAAUGCGAACAUGUCAAAUUAUACGAAGGAAAAGCAACAAAAAAAUAUUGUUUCAGUUUUUGUAAGUGUGUUUAAAAAGAUUUUAAAAUGCGCACCCUUGUGUAGCACACGUGCACUAGUUUGCCCGUYAGGGUUUGCCUAUUUUAACUAAUUAGACUUAGGCAACCAAAGGUUAGUAAUUAGUUAGCUAGCUAUCUCUUUCACGGGUAUAUUAUUUGCACUCUAUUAAAAAUUUUUUUAAAUGACAAUAAAAAUCAUGAACAAAAUACUUUAGGGAUCUUUUACAAUAUUAAAAUUAUUUAAAUAAUGAAAAUGUAUUUUGAAUACCUGCAUUCAAAGGAUGUCUUUCUAAAUUAAAAUUAUAUAAAGUUUUAAAAUUGCUUGAGCAUUAAUAAGUUAGAAGUGAGUAGUUGAUAUAUGCAAUAGCUAGCUAUAGGACAUCCUGAGCAAAUCUGUACAAUUUACACAGUAUUGUACUUCAAAUGCUUGGAAAAUAUUUCAAUAUACACAAAUACUCUUGUGUGCCUUUGGCAGCAUUCAUUUUUUAGAAAGGGGGGGGGGGGGGCGCAAUGGAAUUCACAUGGACUCUCACAGAAAAAUAAACAACCUUUCCUCUA